CUUAUUUGGCGCCCCAAAUUUAGCUCACUGUUCCAUUGGAAAUUCUAAGACUGAAUCAAUCAAUCAAUUCAAUGGAGGAAGCAGUAGUCGCCGUAGCUCUAGAAACACUACGUGAUCUUCUAUUAGAAGAAGGAAGAUUGUUAGUCGGCGUUGGCGGCCAAGUGCAGACGCUACAGGUUCAGCUCAAAGAGAUCAAGUGUCUCCUCAGAGAUGCCGACAGUAAACAGCACCAAAGCCAAACCGUGCGCAAUUGGCUCUCACAGAUCAGAGACCUCUCCUACCGAGCUGAAGACGUCAUCCUUGAAUACGCAAUCAGAAUCUCCUCCGAUGGCCGCCGCCGCGGCCUUAAACUAUUCCUCCGUCGAUUUUGUCUCUGCUACUCGCUCCACCAACUAGGGUCGGAGAUCGCGGACAUCAAAUCGGAGCUCGCAAGGGUCACCGAUGAUAUGAAAUCGUACGGAAUAAGUAGAAUUAUCGAUGGAGAGGGGAACUCCGUCCAGAAUUGGGCGAGGAAGACCUUCCCCGAUUUCGAAAUUGAAGACUGCUUUGUUGGGAAACAGGAUGACCUAAAACGGCUGGUUUCGCUCCUGCUCGACGAUGAGCAUCGAGUUGUUUCGGUUUGGGGCAUGGGGGGUAUAGGCAAGACAACCAUUGCCAAAAAGGUCUACAAUCACAUGAUUGAGGCUGAAAAGGAUCGCUUCGAUUCGUUCGCGUGGGUUUGCGUUACUCAGCAGUGUCAAAUUCGAUCGGCUCAGGAGGAUGUUCUGAAGCAGCUUGAUCCAGAAAAGGGGGACUGCGUUUCGAGUCUGAGCGACACGCAGUUGGUGGAGAAACUGUGUGAGAUUCAAAGAGGGAAGCGAUGCUUGAUUGUGCUGGAUGAUAUUUGGGAAAUUUGUCACUGGGAUGGACUCAAGCAUGCCUUUCUUGUGCGGAAUUUGAAGAGCAAGAUUUUGGUGACCACGCGCAAACAGGACGUAGCAGAGAUUGGAUUCUCUGUGGAGCUUGGCCUGCUUAGCUCGGAGGAUUCGUGGGAAUUACUAAAGAAGAAAGCAUUUCCACACAAGAAAAUUCCAGAAUUUGCAUUGCAAGAAAAUCUCAUAACUAUUGGGAAAGAAAUGGUACGGAAAUGUGGUUGUUUGCCCUUGGCAAUUUCUUUACUCGGAGGGGUCUUGAGUAAGAAAACUUGUGUGAGAGACUGGGAGUUGGUGAAUGAAAAUAUAUUUAGAGGUGAAGGGCACGGCGUAAAGGAAAAUCAGAUUAAUGGAGUGCUAAAUUCAAGUUAUGAAGAUCUACCUUAUUGUUUGAAGCCGUGUUUUCUCUAUUUAGGUAGACUUAAAACAGAUGAAACCAUAUAUGCUCCUGAUCUGUAUAGGAUGUGGAUAGCACAAGGCUUGAUUUCGGAUGAGAAUUUUAAAGGAAAUGAUGCAACUUUAACCGAUAUUGCAGAGCUCUACUUAGGCGAGUUGGUCUCGAGGAGUAUUGUUCAGGUUGAGCUUGAGGAUGUUAUUCCCAAACAAAAAUUUAAGAUAUGCAAACUCCAUGAUGUAGUAAGAGAGCUAUGUUUAUCAAUGGGGAAAAAGGAGGAUUUUGGUGUACAAGUUUUGGAUUAUCAAGGUGGGAAGUUUAGUACUUUACUGCAGGAAGCUCUGUCUCGUAUUAAGACACGACAUUUGGCUGUCCAUUUUAAAACAGAGCUCCAACUAGAGCAUGAUGGGAUUACUGUCACUUGCGCUGAAGAUAAUCGCAAGCAUCUUAGAUCUCUUGAAAUACUUAAUGAUAUAGAAAAGAGGCGUAUUGAAUUCCCUCCGCAGAGUAUAGUUGAUUUUUGGAAAUUCAAGUUGCUUAGAGGUCUAGUUAUCUUGAGGUUCAAAUUUGCGGACAGAAAGUUACCAAAAGGAAUAACUGAACUUGUUCUCCUUAGAUACUUACGUCUACGUGAAUGUGAACUUGAUAGCCUGCCCUCUUCCAUAAGCAAUUUAGCCUACUUAGAUACCCUUGAUUUAUAUCUUUCCAGGAACGUUCGAGUUCCAAACGUGUUGAGCAAGAUGUCCAGAUUAAAACAUUUGCUUCUUCCUCUUUACGACAUGGAAAAAAUUGGAAAUUACAGACUGAAAUUGGAUGAUUGUGUAGAUGAGCUGGAGAGUCUAAUAGGGUACGAUAGUUCAGUGCACGAAUUCAAACAUAUUACAAGAAUGGAGAAUCUACGACGUUUAUCAGCAUCAGUAGGUGACAAUGAAAGCUUAUCAGCUCUUACGAAUGCCAUUGCAACAAAGUGGAACAAGUUAUCAUACUGUACAGUUUCAAUCAAGAAGGGUUGCGAGUUCACAACAAGUGAAGAAGGGUUGAUGAAGUUGAAGCAAGCAUUCACAUGUCCCAAUAUUUAUGCCUUGAGAGUUUGUGUGAAGUUAGGGAACCUUCUAGAAAAGUGCAUAAGCGACAUUGUUACCUCAAAAAUUGUGAAGCUAUCGUUGUUAGAAUGCGAGAUUGAGCAUGAUCCAAUGGGGAUUCUUGGAAAGCUUCCUUCCUUAAGAGAACUGUAUUUAGGGCCAAAAUCAUUUGUCGGAGAGGAGAUGACAUGUCCUGCAUCCAGUUUUCCUUUACUCAAGACGGUUUCUCUAGCUAGAUUACCAAACUGGAGGAAGUGGGAAGUGGAGCGAGGAGCCAUGCCUCUUGUUGCUGAAGUAACUAUUACUCGUUGUCCUCGUUUUGAGAAGAUUCCAGAAGGAUUCAGUAACAUUCAAACUCUUCAAAAAUUAGUGUUAUCUGAAGUGCCAAGAUUGAGGAAAAGGGUUUUGGGAUCAGGCCAAGGGGGAGUGGAUUUUCACAAAGUUCGCCAUGUCCCUUCAAUUAUCAUCAACAAGUCUGUACACAGGAUGAGCGUUCCUCUUCUGGAUAGAGACCUUAAUAAUAAAGCAAAUAACAUUUGCCGAUGAAGUCUAUUCCGUUUGUAGCAAAGUCAGAAACACAGUAAAACUCUCCUUAACAAGAGGUUUUUGGUUUCAGUCUGAAGUCAUGUCAUCUUCCUUUGGUGUUGUAGGUUUGUACCCAAAUCUUGUAAUGUUCCUCUUUGCACUGUGUCUUAUGCAAGUUUAUAUUA